AAGAUUUUAUUGAAGUCUAUCAUUCAGAGCAAUUUUAUCUUUAACAAAAAAGAAUCGUUUAAAAAAGUUAUCUGUUACCGGAAUCUUACUUAUAUAAUAUAAUGUAGGUGGUGUCAAGAGUAAAAUUACUCCACCAUUUCCACAUUUAAUGGUGCAUAGAAAUGACAUUAAAUGGAAUUAUUUGACAUAUUAGUAUUUUGCAUAGACGAUAUUAUUACUGUACUGAUUCUUAAGAUUAAUAUUAACAAAAGCUUAUGUGCUUGUAACUUAUCUUUUAGGGCCUACAAAAACAUUUCUAUUUCAUAUAGAGAAGAGCAAAUUCCACUGACUAGCCAUUAGAGUUACACUAAGUACAAUUAAAAUGAUCUACAUGUAUACCCAGUAUUUGUUUUACUACAGUACAAAUUGGUUCAAACUGCUAUUCAAGACAUACUCAAUACUUGUCAAAGAUCAAAAUGUUGAUUAAAAUUAAGUGGGUGACACGUAUAUUCAAUGUAUAAACAUUAUCAUUUAAUACCAAAGUAACAUUACAUCCAUUAUGGCAAUGCUGCAUUUGUUAUAUUAUAUACAUGAAUGAAAACACCUUUGAUAAUGGUAAAUGUUUAAUUGGCUAAAACAAACAAAUAUUUGUUUAUUGAACAAUGGAAGCAUCUACCAUGAACACUGCACACUGGAAGUGCAUAUUGCAUACCUGUACCAUGGCCAUGUGAACAAAUUUGAAAAUGAUAUUAAGGGGGUAAAAUUCAUGACAUUUUACAACUUUAAGUUGGUAGAAAUAUAUACAUUUAUUUAUAAGGAUUUUUUGCUCAUCUUAUAUAUUUCCAAUAUUUUCCAAAGCGCAUUGAAAUGAUUAAAAAUUGCUCACGCACUAUUUAAGUCCUUUUAAUAUUGAAAAAAAGCUAUUAUAUGUUUUACCAAUAAUCAAAAGGAGAUCAGUGUUCUGCACUAUGAUCUAGCAUUACGCUUGGAUUAAAGACAUAUUAUUCAAAAGUUAUGGUUUAAGUUAUAGUCUAAUUCUUUUUAAUUAACUCUGAUAUUAAAUGAAAGUUUGUCAAUGUUCAAACUGAACAUGAAAGGGUAAUAAAUGUAAAGUCAUUUCAACAUACCCAGUACAAUAACAGAUAAUCUGAUUAUUUUGAAUCUCGAUAUAAUAAAGACUUAAAUCUUAAAACAACAAGGUUUAUCAACAUGAUAUAUAAUUAUUAUACAUAUAUAAUAUAUAUAUAUAUAUACAGUGCUCCAGCUAGCCCGUUUUUCAAUGGCGCAGCGCCCGUGCCCCUUUUUUACCGCCCUGCCCUUUUUUUGAGUAGUGCCCUUUUCACAAAUACUCUAUUAGGGCCAAUUAUUCCGUUAGUGCCCUUUUUACUAUUGAAAUCAUUAUGAAAGAGCAGCAGCCCUUAAUCCACUGUCAUAAUUUAGACAAAUUACGUAAUACUUAUGAUAAUAGUGAUCCCGCUAGGUGUCACCAUGCCCCCAUUGUCUGCUUAAAAUAUGCCGUAGUACGGUACUGCCCUUUUAUCUUCCCAUGUGCCUUGUCCAAGUCAUAUGACAGCUAAGUGUGUAUUUGUGUAGUGAGCAGACGACCUGUGUAUUCAUAAUUGGUCAUCUUCUAAUCCAAUAAUUAGGAAGAGCCAAAUACGGAAACAUCGGCAGGAGGCGGGGCUAUUUAAUGUCAGCCAAUCAGAAUAUACAUUGAGAACUCGUUCAUUCAAUCAUGGAAGUUCAUAAAAUGCGAUAGAAAAUGUGAAGGGAUGGUGAAAAGAGUUGUCAAGCACAAAUCUUUAAAAAUAAUUGUUAAUUGUAUUGUACUGAUGAUACUCUCCAUUUUAAUUAAAAAUUGUUGAUUUGAAGCAGACGGUCACUGCCGAUUUGUAAACAUAAGAAAGGUGGCGCUGACACAAUCAAAUACAUCACCUUUUCAAUUAGAUAUGAAUGAGACUGUUGAAAUCCAGCAUGUACCAGACUUUCAUGUUUAUGCAGCGGCAAACAGAGCAAAUUUGCAGACCAACUAUCCCUUUCUGAGCAAAGAUCAGAUCAACCACAAACUAAAAGAUUCCUGGAACAAGUUAGAUGACACUCACAAACGUAAAUAUUCAAAAUCAUGUGUGAAAAUAACUCCAGUAAAACAUAACAUUAAGAAUAAGAUACAGAAAAAAGUAAAGAAAGGUUCUAAAUCUAAAUCUACCAAGUCUAGGGCAGCUAUAAUUAAAGAUGACAGUAUGCAAGUUUGUGACACACCAGACUUUUUCAACGAAAAGAAACUGAGUGACUUUAGGCUAAAGCAUGACGAGAAAUAUGAGAAUGACUUUGUCCUGAGGAUGGAUGAUUUUUCUGGCAAGGCCCAACAGGCAGAUUCAGGGGCAAGCUACUUCCAGAGGACACAACAUUCUUCACAGACAACCGAGGGGGUGAACAAUUUCCCGUGCAAACAGCCAGGCAUUCUUAAAAGAGGGAGUUCGAGUAAGAAGAAGCAGAAAGAGCGAGUCAGCUUUACCUCCAUGCCUGAGGAGAAUGAGGGCGCUUUCAAUUGCAUUGUUGAUGGUGAUGAUGGUAUUGAUGAUGAAGAAGACAUAGGGGUGCUUAUAAGCAGACAUGAUGUUGAACCAAAAGAGCUGCUGAAUGAAGUUGGCACGGCGGAUUCUGACGACGAUAAUGAUGCAGCAAUUCUCAUCACACGAGAGGAUUGUUUCCAGCAUGAGGUAGACCUAGAGGUGGCUUCAGCCGGUCAGCCACAAGGCAGCUUCCUGGAGGGGUCAGGUGCUGGUGAGAUGGACAUAGACACACACAAUCCAAAAGAGGAAGAGAAUAAGUAUGAUUUAGGAUCACUUGAAAAUGGUAAAGCCUCAAAGAAUGCAUGUGAAACUAGAAGACCAACCACAAACAGCACUGAAAAGGGGACACCUAAGUUUACAGACCAGUGUGACAGUCAGAGUUCAAAGAAUAGUCAGGGAUCUGAUGUAGCUUUCAAAUCUCCUAAUCCGAAAAAGUCAUGUUCCAAAAGCACAAGGAAGCAAAAAUCUACUCCGCGUUUUUCUGCAGCUGAGUCUAUGCCCCAGAAAACACCAGACAUAGCUAGGCAUGGAACAGAAAAUGACUACACAACUCCACAGAUGGAUGAGCUGUUGCAAAAGCUCACUAUGGAAGAGGUCAACAAGGCUCCACAGAAGAGAAGAAUGAGCAAGGAUGCUGCUGAUGAUGAUAAACUGAAGGCUGUGACAUCAGGUAAAAGAGUCACUAGGUCUUUGCUGAACAAAACAGCUGAUAGUCAAGAUAACAAUGCAGAGAUGUGCGAGUUUCAAGGCCCUAAAGAGAAGGUAUCUGACAAAGGUCGGAAAAGACAGCGGAAGUCUAUGCGGGGAAAAACUGGGAAUGAAGCAGUCUCUAUGGACCCAGCAGGGGAUGCUUGUAUGGACCCAGCAGGAGAUGCCGGCAAAAACAGGCAGUCCAGCUUAGAGAGAGAUUUUGAAAACCCAAGCUCUAGAAGAGAACAUGACUUCACCGGAGAUGGAGCCAAAACAAUAAAGAGAAAGUCAGCUCCGGGUAAGGGUAAGAAGUCGCCAGCACCAAAGAAAGUCAAACUAGUAACUGAAGAAACAUCUGCAAGUCCUAGUAUCUGUCGGAAGCUGAGGACCCGGUCAUUUAGCAGUGGAUCAUCCCAGAGCUCCAGUUCAGACAGCCAGGGACUCAGACUGUCCCUACAUCUAGAUGUAACACCUGGCUCGUCUGUCAGCAGUCUGUCCUCACUCAGACCAUUGAGACGGAAGUCUGAGCUUGUGAACCCAACCCUGGAGCGUGCUCUGAGAAGUCUCCGCACUACCAGUGUGACCUCAGACUCCAACCAUUUCAUCAGCGGCAGUGACACAUCUUCUCCUUGCCUCCUUUCUCCUGCACUGUCUGGCAUCAGUGAGUUGUCCAGUGCUUCAAGUCAGUCCAGUAAAGAUGAAGGUGGGGAUGAGAACAACAAUGUGGUCCAGCAGAGACCUUACUUGAGUAAAGACCGGAGCCUAUGUGACAUGUUUGCCGACGUAACACCACCAGAAAAAAAGACCAAGGGCCAGUACAAGACCAACAGGAUGCUAACUAGUGGCAGUGCUCACAGAGACACCAGUCUGACACAGUGGUUCACAGAGAACAAUGAUGACCUGUUUGGCUCCCCAGAUUCAUAACAACCUACCAUGGAGAUGGAUACAGAUCAAAACAUUGGUGCAUGUCUUGAUUUCAGCAGACAUUGUACUGGUAGUUGAACUGUUUUUAAAGUUUAGAUAUUCAUGGUACCCAAAACAUAUAUCUGAAAUGUUGUCACAGAAAACACUAAUGAUAAUCUUCGUUCCAGAACACAUUUGUGGUUUGUUUUGAUACCAGAACAGAUUUGUGAAUUGUCAGUGUACCAGAACACAUGUGAUUGUGGUUGUAACAGAUUUGUAGUAAUGUUUACUGGAAUGAUUCAGCUGAGGAAUGGUGAAUUUACUGACUAUACACAUUAAGAAUGAAUUUGUUUGUAACAGGAAUUAUCAAAUAAGCUCCUCAUUAAUGUUUUCUGUUAAUGCCAAUGGAUCAUAUUAUUUAUAUAUGAAAUCAUGACAGAGUCUCAAAAGAAUAUCAGAAUAAAAUUGUUUUAUCAAAUAAUCACCAAACAAGAAACAUCUAACUUUUGUACUAAUUUUAUCAAAUGAAUAUUAUAAGAAUUAAAUUUAUAUGGUUUGUACAUACUUGGAUAACAAAUUUUCUGUUGAUAUUAAGCAUGUGUUUUGUUUAUGCACCUUCAGUUGUUAAAUUUUGUU